AUGAUAACAGUACGCUUGAUACACCAUUAACGCCUUGCUUUUAUGUGUAUGUCGCAUGAGACUCGCCUGCCCAUGUGCCAUGAUAACGCUUAACCAAGUUACGCCUGAUUUACGAAAGCACAAGAUCUUUAACUAGUGUAGGAUUAAUCGUUAAUACCGCAGCUAGGUACAAUUAUUUAGAAAUACUCGAUUUCGGAGAGUCAUUAGGAAAUAGGCAGAUUCGCACCUUAUUUUAUCAAAAGUCGAUUAACAUUUCGGUAUAACAAUUAGAUAUGAGACUGAAAAGAUCUCGGUUGAUUUUAAUAAGUAAUGUAAACUGGUGGAUUGAUGGAACGUUAGCAUUUUUCGUAUUUUUUGAAAUAUCAACGCUACCGCAUAGAACAUAGAGACUUACGAAAUUGAAACAUGAUCUUAUUUGUAGUUUUCUUUUAGAUUGUAUUAUUCCGUAGAUUACUAACAUCUAAUGGGACAAGUAGACCACAUAGGCUACGUUCCUCAACCGUCCUCAGCCAUGAGGAUGCUGCUACGAAGAAGAAGCUUACUUAAUCAUCACAAGAACGAGCCCGGUCGGUUCCUCGGCGAGGGCGUCUCGUUUCGCGCCAAGCUGAUAGGCGUGCUCGAGGUGCCCGAGGCUAGGGGAGACCGCAUGUGCCAGGAGGCUCUAGCCGACCUGAAGAUGGCCAUACGAGCCGCUGGAGAACACAAGCAGAGGAUACAAGUGCACGUGGCCAUCGAUGGGUUGCGACUGCGCGAUGAUAAAACGGGUGACUCACUGUACCACCACCCGGUGCACAAGAUAUCGUUCAUCGCGCAAGACAUGACGGACUCGCGAGCAUUCGGCUACAUAUUCGGCUCGCCCGACACGGGCCACCGAUUCUUCGGCAUCAAGACUGAUAAGGCUGCUAGUCAAGUAGUUAUAGCGAUGCGGGACUUAUUCCAAGUAGUGUUCGAGCUGAAGAAGAAAGAGGUGGAAAUGGCCAAGCAGCAGCUAGAAGGAAAGACUGUCACCAGCUCGUUAGUGCGCCACGCUGCCGCCGCCGCUGUGGAGACCAAAUCUAAGAUAACUUCAAUCGGCGAGACAAGUACGUCCACGCCUAAAAGCGCAGAAGCAAGCGGGGAAGGCGGCGUGGCAGAGUUGGUGGACUUGGAACAAGAGCUGUGCUCUUUGCGGCGGGGGCUCACGCAGGUUGAAGGGCUGACUCCCUCCACGGACCCUUUCGGAGACUCUUUCAUCGUGCCCGCUCAGUCACAAGUGAGUGAGGUUUUAUAAAUGGGACUUAUAGUGGCUAGAGGGGCGUGGCAGAGCUGGUGGACUUAGAACAAGAGCUGUGCUCUUUGCGGCGGGGGCUCACGCAGGUUGAAGGGCUGACUCCCUCCACGGACCCUUUCGGAGACUCUUUCAUCGUGCCCGCACAG